AUGCCUCGAAGUCGCAGAUACCGUUCCUUUGUCAUUUUCAGCGUCAUUUUUGGUCUCGCUCUCCUACAUUUUGUACGAUCGCGAGAAUGGUCGAGUGAAUGGGCGCAGCCAGCCGCCAAUCCAAAAGUGGCUCCUGCGACUAUCCCUCACGAUUCUUCUCCUCACGAGCCUAUUCUUCCCCAUGACCAUGAUGCCGCAGCCGAGAUUAAGUUUGAUUCGACACCUCGCAUUGAAGUCCCUCCAGCCCCGAAAGAGCAGCCUUUGGAUACUAAAAAGCCAUCGACACAGGAGACUGCAAAACAAUCACCCAACAGCGAGAAAUCAAAACCAAACACAAUCAAACCUCCAACUCGUCCCGCCUCUGAUGAUACCAAUUCAAUUGAUACGCCGUCUGUAGCGGACUCCAGUCGCCAAUCCUCUGGCGACAAGUCUUAUGACGAGACUACAAGGAAACCGGAUUCUCCUGCCAAGGUUCAACCAGAUGUAUUCGCCCAAACAAAACCCACUAAACACUGGGAGAAGCUACCCGAGCACUUCCCCAUCCUUGAAUCCGAUCUCAUUCCACUGCCCACUGGCGAGCCUAAAAAAUUACCCAAGCUUCAGUCCGUGACCAAGACCGAGACUACUGCGCAAUCGAUUCUACGCGAACAGCGACUUGCGGCCAUCAAAGAAGAAUUCGAGCACGCAUGGAGCGGAUACACGAAAUACGCACUGGGUCAUGAUGAAGUCCGACCUGUGAGUGGUAGCUUCAGAGACCCAUUUGCAGGCUGGGGCGCAACCCUCGUCGACGCGUUAGACACUUUAUGGAUAAUGGGAAUGAAGGAUGAAUUUUCCGAUGCAAUUGAAGAAGUCAGCAAAAUCGAUUUCACGACCUCUUUUCGAUCUGAUAUUCCCCUUUUCGAAACCGUGAUCCGUUAUCUGGGAGGCUUGAUUGGCGCAUACGACGUAUCCGGUCAGAAACAUACAGUCUUAUUAGACAAGGCAGUAGAACUGGCCGAAAUUCUGAUGGGUGCCUUUGACACGCCGAACAGAAUGCCAGUCACAUAUUACCAAUGGGAUCCUGAACAUGUAGCUCAGCCUCAUCGCGCCAGUACUAGGGUCGUCCUGGCUGAAUUAGGUUCUCUAUCUGUGGAAUUCACGCGCCUGGCUCAGCUGACUCAGGAACAUAAAUACUAUGAUGUGAUUGCGCGUAUCACCGAUGAACUCGAGACUAUGCAAAAUAACACGAGGCUCCCCGGUAUGUGGCCGCUACAGGUUGAUGCGUCUGGUUGCAAAAAGGCUGCCCCAAGGGUUCCAAGUCUCACGACUCUCGGUCAGAAGUCGGGGGUCAAAGUCAACGAAGAUAGAGGCUUAGGAACACCAACACCCUCGCCUACACCAAAGUCAAUCCAUAAGGAUACCGCUAUCCCGAAGGAUUUGGAGAAACGUGAAGGCGGGCUGGAGCUUGAUGCUGAACCUGCAGACUAUGAAUCAGAGACGAAAACAACAACGACCGCGAACUUAGCCACUUUCCCCAAAGAGGAGUGUGAGAAACAAGGUCUGGCAUCGUCUAAUGCUAAAUUCGACAGAUUUGGCUUGGGAGGACAGUCUGAUUCGACAUAUGAAUACCUUCCCAAAGAGUAUAUGCUUCUUGGGGGUCUCAGCGAGCAAUAUCGCAGCAUGUAUGAGAUCUCGAUGGAACCAGUGCGAGAGACACUACUAUUUCGGCCUAUGCUACCAGAACAGAGAGAUAUACGCUUCGUGGCCACCGUGCAAGUCAGUGAUCCUGGUCCCAAAGAUGAUGCCGAUGGAUUCCACAUUCAGUAUACUUACGAGGGUACACAUCUCACGUGCUUCGCGGGAGGUAUGUUUGCCGUGGGAGCAAAAUUAUUUGGAAUUGAUGAGGACAUGGAUAUUGCAGCAAAAUUGACCGAUGGGUGUGUAUGGGCAUACGAAUCCACAAACACCGGCAUUAUGCCGGAAGGCUUUGAACUUCUUGCCUGCGAUGACCCUCUUGCAUGUCCUUGGAACGAGACGAGGUAUCUGGAUGUAAUGGAUCCCAAUGAGAAGUCUCGCAUUCAACAAGCGGAGGCCUGGUAUGAGCGCGAGCUGCUAAACGCAAAGCAAGCUCAAGAAGUAUCUCUUGAAAAGAGACCCAAGAUCGUUUCCCCAGUGCGUGUUCUUGAGUCUGAAGGGAGCGGAGCCUCUAGCGAGAAAACAUAUGCUGGUAUUGCCAAACGGGAGGCUAGCAACUCUGGCGUUGAUGACUACGACGAACAUGCACAUCUUUCUACCUCUAAACCGAGUGUUGAAAAAACGAGUGUCGGAACCCAAGAUACUCCAAAAUCGCGCCUCGAUUCUAAAGUCAGCCCCGAUACUAAAUACCAGGCUGAUGGACUUCCUAUCAAACCUACAGUCCUAUCUCACAAGGACUACGUUGCUAACCGCCUUGAACAAGAUCAUAUUCCUCUAGGAUAUACGAAGAUUCAAUCCCGGAAAUACAUUCUUCGACCGGAAGCCAUCGAGUCUGUCUUUAUCAUGUACAGACUUACAGGAGAUGAUACUUGGAGAGAAAAGGGAUGGAAGAUGUUCCAGUCCAUUGCACGAUACUGCAGCACGGAGAUUGCAGACUCUGCCAUUUCCGACGUCACAAGCACAGCGCCUGAACUCCUUGAUGAGAUGGAGUCUUUUUGGUUAGCAGAGACACUGAAAUACUUCUAUCUCUUGUUUAGCGACCCUAGCGUUGUUAGUCUUGAUGAUUAUGUGCUGGCGGGCGGUGAAAGCCGCAUUCCUCGCAGUACUUCCCGGGUGCAAGUCACUCGUCUCCCCCUCACCCUUCUGACCUCAAUCGUGUCCUGCUCUUUCCAGAUUACUCCCAAUCAUAGCCCGACAGGCACGCGACGGGAUGAGUGUGCAAUCAAGUGGGAAGCACUUGUGUUCAUGCAGGAAAUGGAGCUGGAAGACGUUUCCUACAGCUUGGAGAAUGAACAGCAAUUCUGGGUUGAAUUAGAGAAAAUAUUGUCAGAGCAAUGCGAUACACAUGCUCUUAUUGACAAUGUCCUUCGUGCCUAUCUUGGGUUCACUGCCCAGUUCAAAGGCGAAUACCUCGUCAAUGAAUAUGAUAUUUCUCGUUGCUCGUACAAACUCUUCUCGUCGAAUCUCUUUGCGCAGCACGCGGAUUACAUUCGAAGACAGAUAAUAUACAGUCUACUACAAGAGGAUGAUCCGAAUAUACUACACUUUAUCGUCUCGUUCCUCCUCUUUGACGGGCGAGAGAAUGACAGCACCUUUCAGCUCAUGAACGAAGAAGGGGCUUUUCCGAGGCUAUUGGAACUUGUCCACUUCGUCGGCAAUCAAGAUAAUGAUGCCGCUGGUCUUCAUCGUCUAUUGAUGGACCUUCUCUAUGAGAUGUCUAGGAUACAGCGCAUUAAGAUAGAGGACUUAGUGCUCGUUGAAGAUGACUUUGUUAGAUAUCUUUUCCAGAUUAUUGAAGGUUUAUCUGACGACGCUCAUGACCCCUAUCACUAUCCCGUCAUUAGGGUUUUGCUGGUGUUGAACGAACAAUUCAUGGUGUUGGCGCACGAUCCAGCGACGGGGACGCCGUCUAAUCCGCUCACGAACAAAGUGAUGAAAAUACUCUCCGUGCAUGGAAAUGACUAUAAAACCUUUGGCGAAAACAUAAUCCUACUACUCAAUCGAGAAGGCGAGACGUCUUUGCAGCUACUUACACUUAAAUUACUUUACCUCAUUUUCACGACUCCAUCUACCUAUGAAUACUUUUACACAAAUGACUUGAGAGUCCUUGUCGACAUACUCAUUCGAAAUCUGUUGGAUCUACCGGCAGAAGCUGUCGCUUUGCGACACACAUACCUACGAGUUCUAUACCCCCUUUUAGCACAUACGCAGCUGAAGUAUCCUCCUCAUUACAAACGCGACGAAAUAAGGAGAACUCUCAGCAUCUUGGUCCACAGUAGAAUUGAAGGCAAUGAGGAUGAUUACGAAAAGAUCAUGCAUUUCGGUGAAGCUGACGAGACAACGAAAAGGCUUGUCUCGCGGUGUAGCCAGGUAGGGUGGUUACUUGACACGGAGCCGGAACUACGCAACACCCCAGACUUACCCGAAGAGGAUGGGCCAAGUGAUCAUACGGGCGUUCCUAUACCAGCUGUACUUCACGAGAAAGCUGCAGACUUAGCUGGGUCACCAGUCUCACAAAGCUCAGAUGCAACAUCGCCAACCAAGCUCGAACCAGCGUCCCCCAAUACUUCCUUUUCUAUUGACAAAAAGCAAAUAGAGAAACUUGGUAUGCACCACGAGCCGGCUGCUGCCUCUACUCUCAGCGUGGGAGAAGUGGCGGUCCAGACGGAAAAACCAGGCGUUAUAACUCCAAGCAUCAAAAAUACGAGAUCACCUGGAUUGACUUCCGAAACAAGUCCAACCGUUAAAGUGAAAUUGGUACCCCAGCCUCCUAAAGCGAGACGCUCAAGGGCCCAUCGUAAUACAGAGGCACACCAUGACAGUCGUGGAAGAUCUGGCUUGGACAUUCAUCACGAAUCACCACAAGAGGGUCUACCUGUUCCGCAUUUAUCUUCUACAUCAAGAUCUACGUCGAGGUCAGCACCGGCGUUGCCUCCACCUCGACGGUCUUUUCACCAUACGUCCCCAAACGCAACCAUCUCUGAUCAUCACGCUCACCCUCCCCUGCCUAUCAAAUCGAACAUCAAACCCCAGCCUCCAAAGGCCCGCCGGUCACAAAGACAGCAUGUUGCAAGGCUACAUAACGAACUGUCUGGGGCUGACGACGAGCGGUCUGCAUCUCCUGCCUCUGUCGCGAGCUCUGUGCCUCCGAAGGACUUGGAUGAAUCCCAUCACUCAUACGACUCUUCCGCAUCUAUUGAGCAGGCAAUGGACAGAACGAAUCUGCAGGUUUAG